UCGCGUGCCGAGUGGCGUGCAAAAUACUAAUUCUAGUCCCGGGUCCGCGAUCGAACCCUUGAAAACUAAAAUGUUCGCCCUGCGAGUGGCUGUUCUCCUGGCAGCCUGCGUGUGCCUGGCCUUCGCCGGAACUCGGCAGCUGGCCUUGAAUGUCCAGCCGCCGACGACCUUGGCCACUGAGCUGAAGGAUUAUCGUCUGGCCGAUCACAUCAAGCCGGUUAGUUACAACAUCACCCUGCGACCCUAUUUGCUGGAGAGCGACGGCACCAAGCGGUUCACCUUCGAUGGCGAAGUCCACAUCGAAGUUGUGUCCAACCAAAGCACCACCGCCGUGCACCUGCACUCGAAAAAUCUCACCUACUCGGUCAGCGAGUACUGGUUGAAGCCCGCUGCCGGUGUGGCCAAUCCGACUCCCACCUCGUUUGGCUCGACAAACUCCACCAACGAUGAUACGGAUAUUGUCCAGCUGACGGCGCCAACCGCCUUGACUGCCAAUACGCCUUACAUCCUCCACUUCGUGUACACCGGUCUGAUGCUGGACGAUAUGCAUGGCUUCUACCGCAGCUACUAUGUGGACGACAACAAUGUGACCAAGUGGAUCGGCUCCACCCAGUUCCAGACCAACCACGCCCGUCGCGCCUUCCCCAGCUUCGAUGAGCCCCAGUUCAAGGCCACCUUCAACGUCACCCUGAAGCGCUACAGGACCUACAACUCGGCCAGUAACACCCGCCUCAUCUCGUCGACUCCCAGCACCGAGGAGGGAUACUUCACCGAUGUGUACAAGACCACUCCCAAAAUGUCCACCUACCUCCUGGCCUUUAUUAUUUCGGAGUUUGUGGCCCGCAAGGACGACGAAUUCGGAGUAUACGCCCGUCCCGAGUACUAUGCGCAGACCCAGUACCCCUACAACGUGGGCAUCAAGAUCCUGAAGGAGAUGGGCACUUACCUGGACAAGGACUACUACACCAUGGGCAACGACAAGAUGGACAUGGCCGCCAUUCCCGACUUCUCGGCCGGUGCCAUGGAGAACUGGGGUCUGCUGACCUACAGGGAACGCAGUCUCCUGGUGGAUGAGUCGGCGACCACCUUGGCCUCCCGCCAGUCCAUCGCCGCCGUGGUGGCCCACGAACAGGCGCACAUGUGGUUCGGCGACCUGGUCACCUGCCAGUGGUGGAGCUACACCUGGCUGAACGAGGGCUUCGCCCGCUACUUCCAGUACUUCGGCACCGCCAUGGUCGAGGAUCAGUGGGAGCUGGAGAAGCAGUUUGUUGUGGACCAGGUGCAGUCUGUCAUGGCCAUGGACUCGACAAACGCCACCAAUCCGCUGAGCGAUGAGAACACCUACACACCCGCCCACUUGAGCCGCAUGUUCAACAGCAUCUCCUACAACAAGGGAGCCACCUUCAUCCGCAUGAUCAAGCACACCAUGGGCGAGGAGCAGUUCAGGUUGGCCCUCCAGGCGUACCUCAAGAAGUACGAGUAUCGGCCUUCGUAUCCCGCAUAUCUGCUGGGCGAAUGGCAGGCGCAGUGGCCCAACUCCAGCUACAACGCCAGUUCCGAAGCCAUUUUCAAGAGCUUCACCGAGCAGGUGGGCUACCCGCUGAUCACCGUCUCGGUGGCCGCCAACCUCAGUUCGGUCAGCUUCACCCAGAAGCGCUUCCUGCUGAAGGAGAAUGACGGAGCCGAUGCUAGCUUGAAGUACACCGUGCCCAUUUCCUAUACCACCAGUGAGGCGACUAACUUUGCGAACGCCACACCCAAGUUUAUCCUGAACCCUGACGUGACCACCACUGUGAACUUCAACUCGAGCAUCAAGUGGAUUGUGGCCAAUGUCCAGCAGACUGGUUACUACCGUGUUAACUACACCGAGGACAACUGGCAUGCCAUUCACUCCGUUCUGAACACCGACAACUGGGGCGGCAUUCACGAGAACAACCGUGCCCAGAUCGUGGACGAUCUGUUCAACCUGGCCAGGGCCGGACACAUCUCCUACAAUCUCACCCUGGACGUGAUUGAGUAUCUGGAGACGGAGACCAACUACAUUCCCUGGACGUCGGCCUUCAAUGGCUUCAGCUACCUGACCAUCCGGCUGGGCAACGAUACCGCCGAUUUCAAUACCUACAUCCAGGCUCUGACCAACAAGGCCUACAACAAGCUGGGCUUCAACGAGACCACCAGCGACACCGCCCUGGACAUAUAUCUGCGCACCAAGGUCCUGUCCUGGGCCUGUCGCUACGGCAGUGCCGAUUGCAUCAGCAAGGCCAAGGUCUACUUCCAGUCGCUGACCACCGUGCCCAAGAACAUCCGCGCCACCGUCUACUGCGUGGGUCUGCGUGAGGGUGGGGAGGCCGAGUUCCAGGCCCUGUACAACAAGUUCAAGAACGAGACCGUGGCCACCGAGGAGACCCUGCUGCAGAACUCCUUCGGCUGUGUGAAGACCCAGGCUCUGAUCGAGAAGGUCUUCAACUUGGUCCUCAGCGAUGAGAUUCGCCGGCAGGACAAGUCCUCCGUUCUGUCCACUCUCUACACGGAGAACAACGAGAACGUGAGCCCGGUCUUCGCCCUGGUCACCCAGAAGUACGAGGAACUGGCCGAGGCCAUGGGUGGUUACUCCGCAGUGGCCACCGUGAUCUCCAACAUCGCCGCCCGCUUCACCACCCAGCAGCAGUUGACCGACCUGGAGACCUUCAACAAGAACAACGGCAGCAAGUUCGGCACCUCGCAGGCCACUCUGACCGCCGCGGAGGCCACCGUGAAGGAGAACCUGGACUGGGCCACCGCCAAGCUGGGCGUCUUCCGCAGCUACCUGGCCAACUACCGCAGUGGUAGCGCCAUGGUCAACGCCUUCAGUGCCCUCAGCCUGCUGAUGGUGGCCCUGGCCACCAUGCUGCGCAACUAAACCACCUCCAUCGGGGACAGGUGCGAGCGGGUCACGAGUGCCCUCCAUCCAUAAAGUAUUUCUACGCUUUAAGCACCCAAUAAAGUAACACCAUUUUGUAGAUAA